UUCGGAGAAAAGCGAAUCCUCGCGAUCAACAGCCCAAUUGCCAUCAUCUGUGACUAUAUGUAGACCUUGUAUUCGUCCAAAAGUUCCUUGUCGAUUAUAUAAAACGGACCGUUGCGGCACACUCUGCAAGAACGGCGCGACAAUAUAAGCCCUUAUAGCUAUUCCAAUAGUAUAUAAACUCGUCAGCCUGCCACGGCUCUAGCACUUGUAUCGAUGAAUUUUUCGCAAAAUAACGCUCUGUCGAAGUACCCUGGGGUCCUCAUUCUCCCCAAUCAUCGUCAUUCUAGUCAAAAGUCGCUACCUGAUCUCAACACAGCGAAUUAUCCUGGCUUCAUUCUUAAGCCGAGCUUAUCCAGAGCCAACACUCUUAUGCCUCGCAUAUCCGACGGGAAGGAGGAUUUGUAUACCGACGAGAAAAGAACCAGGAUAUCAAGACUCAAAAUCCAGAAAAGGGUAAGAAUCGACACGCGUGGAAACAUAAGGAUAGGCUCCCAUUCCAUCCACCUAACAAUAAUAUGAUAGGUACCUUCACGAGAAAAUGUCCGGGGUCCCAAGCAGACCCGCCAGUUAUGCUGCCAUGCCACCGGUGCCUUCAGGAUUCAGCCAUCUUCUCAAUCCGUCGCCAAAUCCACCUUUUACUCUUUCUCGCCUGCGCCUGUUUGUGCGGCAACAGCCCGCAGCAGCCCGAACUUGUGCCGCCGGUGACAAGAGUCGCCGUUCCGUUGACCCAUCACCAAUUCUUCAGCUUCUCAUGACCGAUUUUGACUCUCAAUCUGAGGAAGACAUCAAAAUGUUGAAACACAGCCAGCACGUUGUUGCUUGCCAUCUGUUUGCUGUCUGCGAAAAUGUUUCGGGGGCUUUGGGGGGCCGUGUAGCCGACGAGGUUUCACACCAACCGACGCCCAAUGGACAGAAGGAGGAGGAAGAAGAAGAGGAUUCAAUCCGCAACGUGUACGGUAAAACAUACGUCAGCCCGUUCUUCGUCGAAGCGGAUCCCGAGCCCUCCAAGGCGCCUUCGCACCCAGGAUCGGUAUGCAAGGGAACACCGUCGUCGAUUCCCAGCACGUUUUUCGUCUUUGCCGAUCUUCGCAUACCAACCGCAGGGGUUUAUCGGCUUCGUUUCCGGCUUAUAAACGUUGGCGAGCCAACGGUGACCGGUAAAAUACCAAUCUUGCACGAGGUUUGGUCGGACUCCUUUCGAGCAUUUGCGUCCAAGGACUUUCCAGGGAUGAGGCCCACUCCGUACUUAUCUGAAAAGCUGAAGGCACUGGGAGCAGAUGGUGCCAAGUCCAGAAAGGCCAAGUAAGAGCGCAGGUUCACUCGUUGGCAACGUGCAUAAGAGAUUUUUCUGUGCAUAAGAUACAUACAAUCUUUCUGAAAUUUUACAGCUCGACAGCCUUGCGCAUGAUGGAAGUGAUGUCAGCGUCUGAGAUUUCCCACGCUUCUUGUAGUUCGGUAGCAACGGCUGCGUAUUUCGGAUGCCUUCCGGCAAGUUCCCGAUAGUGUAAAGCUUCUCCCGCUUUAUUCUCGUCACGGAGUAG